GGCCGGGCGGGCCCAGCGGCGGCUCCCGCCCUCCAGCCGCCUUGCUCCGGGCCCUGGCCACCUUCCUUCCCCUCUUCCCUUCCCUCUCCUUCCUUCCCUCUCCUUUCCCCGGCUCCUCCGUGGCCUGGAGCGGUCACCGCCAUGGCCCCGGCCGCCGACAGGGAGGGUUACUGGGGCCCCCCGACCUCCACCCUGGAGUGGUGCGAGGAGAACUACGCCGUCUCCUACUACAUCGCCGAGUUCUGGAACACAGUGAGUAACCUGAUUUUCAUUCUACCUCCAAUCUAUGGGGCGAUUCAGACCUAUAAAGAUGGCCUUGAAAAACGGUAUUUAGCUGCCUAUUUGUGUCUCACAGCUGUGGGACUGGGAUCUUGGUGCUUCCACAUGACCCUGAAGUAUGAAAUGCAGCUGUUGGAUGAGCUGCCAAUGAUAUACAGUUGUUGUGUGUUUGUCUACUGCCUGUAUGAAUGUUUCAAGUACAAGAACACAGUCAAUUAUCCACUGCUUUUCUUGUUAAUAACAUACAGCUUCGUAGUCAGCAUAGUUUACUUAAAUUUGAAAGAGCCUGUAUUCCACCAGAUCAUGUACGGAACGCUGGUUUCCAUUAUAGUUCUACGGUCUGUUUAUAUAGUAUUAUGGGUAUACCCGUGGCUGAGAGGUCUAGGCUAUACAUCUUUAACUGUAUUUUUAAUGGGAUUUUUUCUCUGGAACGUGGACAACAUUUUCUGUGAUAAAUUGAGGGCACUACGAGAGAAGAUGCCUCCUGUUGUGGGAGCCGUGACACAGUUUCAUGCGUGGUGGCAUAUUCUCACAGGCCUGGGCUCUUACCUUCAUAUCCUGCUAAGUUUAUACACAAGGACACAUUUCCUGAAACACAGGCCAAAGGUGAAGUUUGUGCUGGGGAUAUGGCCUGUUCUUCUCGUGGAGCCACCCAAGAAGCUCUGACUGAAACCCAGGCAGUCCCGCGCGACCCCCUGAAUAAAGCGAUUCCACAACUGCCGUGGCUGGAUUGUCAAAAUCAUGGAUCCGUUCGAGUACCGUUGCUGUCCAAGGACUUCUCGGUGUUACUAGGCCUGCCAGCCAGAGCAGAGCGAAGAGUUGGCACGCUAGGGAAAUAACGUCUAGUACAGCUUGAUUCUAAGUUGUUCAAGUUUAAGCCACAAUAUUUUUCUGUAUAUAUUGUAUAGCUGAUGAUACUGAGCUAAUAUUUCGUGCUGGUCACAGAAAACUAACCAUUUUUGAAGUGGGUUGCGUGAGUUUUUCAUUCAGUUGUUGUUCUUUCUGUGGUUUAAACUAAUAUUAGUAACUGAAUGAUUAAAAAAAAAAAAAGCAGGUCAUUGACGGCCAGGCUAAGUAUCUGUGUGGCCUAUAGUGAGCUGAAUGCUUAACCUGAACUACUUUAACCUUGCACUUUUAUACAACGAAUGAAGUAUGUAAUGGUUGGUUUCUGGCUUUAUUCUAGCCUUGCUUCUCCACGGCCUCCUUUGCUGUUUAAGUUUUAAGCAGAAAAGGUCGGGAUCCAUGUGCCAUUUAGGUCAUUUUCUACCAAGUUUCCAUUUUCUCUUUAGUCCAGCUGAGGUGCAUCCUGGAGGGUGUUCCAGGGUGGGACCAGGAGAAGACAUUUGCGAUGGUGAAGCAUUGUAAGGGUUCUUGUUUGUGUAUGGAAACAGAAAUCCUGUUUGGUUUGACCAGUGAUCCAUCAGGAGACUGCAGGAUGACUGUAUAACCACAAGAAACACUUUUUAAAACGUUUUAUUAUUUACAUGCCUUCCUUUUCUCUCCCUGCUCUUCAUCUGUAUUCCAUUCUUAGGUCAGGUUGACAAGCACCACGUACGUGUGCUAGAUCAGCUUUGAAUUCAUGCCUUUCCUAUCUCAUGAGUCUUAAAUAUUGGUCUGACUUUGAGAAUCAUCUUCUUAUUCAGAAAUAAUGAAGAAAGAGGAGUAAAGAACAAGAUUGACAUAGAGGAAACCCCAAAGUAUGAUUGGCAGUAUUCUCAUUGCUUGCUCUUAAUCUUUCCAGCACGCUUUUAUUUCUUUGAAAGUUGAAUACUUUUUUAAAAAACCAACCUUUGGCUCUUAAUCAGGUACAAACCCCUCUGAUCUCUGCAACUCUUACCCGCUCAGCUGAUCAAAGUUAGCCAGUAAGCAUAACGACAACGUUGAACUAACAGUUGUUCAAAAUAUACCUCAUAUUGGAGGCUCUUGUUUGGUCUCCCCACAUCUUGGGGCGACUACCGGAGUUUGUCUCUAGGCCUCCUGGCUGCCAUGCUAUGCAAUUUCUGAUGCUCCGAGGGAUCUGUCCUUCUUGCCUCGAAGGAAAAAGGGAAAUGCUCGGACUGAACUCCUGGUCUGUAUUGAUUUAAAACCCGCACGCGGCAGCAAGGCGUGGUUCUGUAGCUACAAAGCUGUCUCCAGGAUCACAAAAUUCAGGCUAGUGUAAGCUUCCUUGCUCUGACUAGUGGAAGAAGCGAGACUGAAAUCCGUGUUGCACAAUCAGUGAUAACUCAAGUUCUUUUCCCUUUAACAUCGUCCUUUUUCCUGCUUGUGACUUCGCUGCAUCCUCAGCGUCCAUCAGGAGCACCCUUACUGGUGCACGUCUCCAAACAAAAUCGUUCCUUUUGGAUCUGGCGGCUGGCCCUGAGCUCCCGGGAUCGUGCAGACCCAAACUCAGGGCUGGAACGUGACGCUUAACCUUGAAUGACUUCAGCAAGGUUCGAGCACGCGCUGAAAGCGGUGUACUGCAACCUGGAACCAGCAAACCACCGGGAAGAUUCCUGAACAAAAACUUUUAAACAAAUCUGUUGCCUGUAGGCUCCGGUUCUGGGAAAUUUGAGGGGGUCUUCGAACUGAAAGAGGUUGGAACAACUAGCACAGAGGGAGGAAAGCGCUGCUUUGGAGCAGGUGUCUGUAAUUACCCAGAAGGUGUUUUUUUUUUUUUGUAGAGAGAUCGGAGAACCAUUUUUAAAACGUGGCUUAAAAAUAAGUGCCUGCCUGUUCGCCUCCAGGCUCUUCCAAGCGUGUUUCUGCACCCUGUAUCUUAUUUUCCUUUUUAGUAUGUUUACGUGCUCCCAUAGGUUCAGGAGAAAUGUCCUGUAACAGGAGCAGCGCAGCGACCAGAUGCAUCAACAAUCACAAGUGACAUCUGCUCAGGAUGGUAUUAUUUUUCAGACAACGAACAACCCCUAUAUUUUAUUGCCCUUCGUUUUGUUUCUGGAGGAUCUGGGGGCUCUGCUUUUUCCUUCUUCAUAACCGCAGAAGUCACAGUAUUCUAAAAAGCCCCUUUCUUACCGAUAAGGCAUCUCUAUAACGAUGUAUUUUAAGGAAAUUUGCAGCUUCUCCCUCACACUCGGAACAAGGAAGUACACUAUUUUUUUUUUUUCCAGGUCCUGUUGAAUUGUUAGGAUUAAAAAAAAAAAAAAGAAUAAAUGGAAAAGCUCUCCUUAAUUUGAUGCUGCUGUUAGCUUUUCAUUCGGAUAUCCUUUAUCACUGCUGGUUUUUAUCUUAAAAGCUUGUGCAAAUUGUGUUCUUCUUUCGUUCCGAAUGGCCGAGGGACACCCUCCCAGUCCCCUUUCAGGUUACGUGAGACCCUGAAGAACAUAAUUUUUAUGCGUAUCCUGCUAAGCAUAAGCAAUCUAAAAUUCUGGGUGCUUCGGGUUGACUGCCUUAUUGUCAUACUGAAAACGGCAAGCCAGUUCUAACUUCACGUCACUGAAAUUCAGAACAACUUCUCCUAGUGCCUGGGAAGACGUGAGCCUUCACGCCUGUCGCUUGUUAGAUGCCUGCUAGGCUGCUUUUUAUUUCCAUCACUUGUAUUACGUGCUGAGUUUUUAUCCCUGCCGUCUUAAGAGCAGCAUAUCCCAAACUUUUCUUGCACUACAACUUAAAGGGUGGGUCAUCUUUGAUCCUGUUUGGUUUUCUUUUUGAGUGGGAUUCAGACAGCAGCUACUUGACAGGGGAUUGCAGAAACAGCAGGUGGCUUUUAAAACGAAUCCUACAGGCUGUGUUGGACAGGCUUAAUGACAGCGCUAAACUCUUCAACUCUCCAACAUCUAUGAAGAACCAGGAAAUGAUCGCCUUGAGACCACCGCCUUGGCACAGGUCAGCAGCGAGUAGGUCUGCAGACGGCGAGCUGCGAACUUCUUCCUUGCAAGUAGUAGAAAAACGUCAACAUAACUCUCCCAGUACAGAUCGACUCCGUGCUCGACGCCAGGAAUCAAGGCUCUCUGGAUACAGCUCGAGACCUACGUUUUCAGCUCAAGAGGAGACAGGAGAAAGAGAAAUCUGCCACCAGGAGGAAUCUUGUCUGUGUUUUGGAGGCGGCGUUUGAAGCUGGCUCGCGGCGUUAGUCAUCUCCGGACCUCAUUCUGUUGCUUUUCCUUUUAGCACAAGGAAGCUGUGCUACCAGCAAGUGUUCAGAAGACUACCCCGUAGUCAGAAUUGGUUUAUGCAGUCCGGCACUUGCCAAUCUACCUCUGUCACGUAUCGUUCAAUGCCUGUGCCCUUAAUUAUGCCUGCCUGGAAAUGCAGAGGCUCGAGCAGCCUGCGGCCCCUCGGGUUUGCAGCGGCAUCGGGUGGAUCUGUGGCUGCCUGCCCACGCUGCACGAAUGUCCUGACUCGCUCGGUGGCUGUCAGGCUCCUGGGUGUUGCUCCGUCUGCUGCUCUCUGCGUGCAGGAGUCUGGUUUAGAAGGGGAUGUGAGGAGGACUUGAGUGCAGACGGGUGAAGUGAAACCUUUUUGGCACUACGUUGUUAGAUUUAAAGCUCAGAUGAUGAGUACAACUGGUUUGGCGUGACUUUGGAAGAGAUGUGAUAGGAAAUACUGUUCUGUAAUUAGUUUUAAUUCUCUUCUGACCUAAUACUGGGCUGUGUUCAUCCCCAGCCCUGCCUCGUUUGGCUGAAGUGAAGCUGUGUGACUUGAAAUGUGUUUGGUUCUUUGGCCGUAGUUUGCUCCCAGCACCUGGUUUCCAACAGCCGAAGGAGUUUUUCAGCAAACUCAUCCACGGGAAACUCAACGCCAGGGUGUCCUUCCAGUAUCACUUCUGUUUCUCACAGCCACCACCACAUUUUUCAGCUUGCUUUCAAGAAUUCCACUAAUACAACUCUUAAAUUAAGUUCUCCCUGUGGAUUUUAUUUAUUUUUGGUAUUUAAUAGCAGGUGCUAACAAUUGAGUGGAACGCCUGGGAGCGGAAGACAAGCUGCAAUGAAGCAGCACUGCUGUUUCCUUCAGGACCCCUCAAAAUCCAGGAACUUUGGACUGUGGGCCCCGUAAUUUUAAUUGACGUAUCCAGGUAGAACGGUUGCUUUCCUUUAAAGAAAUCUGAUCUUCCCAUCUGCGUUCCUAAAGCAGGCAGUGGGAGGCAUUAAAUGCAAAGCACUGAUUAACUGCGAGGCUUUCUUAGGAAAAGGGAUAAAUGAUGGAGUCUUUGUGACCCAGGAGAAGUGAAAGCCAGGAGGAGAUUAAGAAACUGUACGCGGAAAGAGAAUAACAAAAGAUUAAGCACAGAAUCCCACAGUAUUACGUCAACCACCCUCUUGAUAUCUGCACUUUAGACACUUGUGUAACAAGCUGGGAUGUUUUCCUGUUCUUACAUUUAACUUGUCAUGCUGCCUGCAGUCUUUACUGUAGAGGUGAUGGAAUGAUGUUACAUUCAGUUGGUUAUAGAUUUUCAGCCGUUUUACGGGGCUGGAACGUGACACGAAUUGUUUCAUAGAUGGACGAAAAUGCUUUUUACGCAUCUGGAACGCCCUCUGCCAGUUUUGGGAUCCUGUAAGGGAACUGCAGAGAUCGUACUGGGUAACCAUUAAGUUGGGGUUUGUUGGUUUGUCCCAGCCGCUGCCUGCUGCUGCCAAGUGCCUGACCUCUCUUUUGCAACUCUUAUCCGAGAGCUGAGGCUGUGUUUUGCCCCAAGGUCUCCAGACAAGGUCCUUGGUAGGUUUGUAUUUCAUUAAAUAUUGUUCUAAUGCAGGAGUCGGAGCGCUCCUUCUUUUAGUUGCUUUGCAGAAACGUAGCUAUCCCCGUCCUGGCCGCAGCCACGUGCCUGCCAACCCCAUGUCCCUGAUGCUGUUGGGUCAUUCCCGAGUCUGGAAGCUGCCUGCUGGAUUUAGCCCCGCAUUUUAGAUCAGUGAAGGCACAGCAGUCAGGGAAGCACUUUAUGCAGAGUCCUGUGUUGUUGUUUUUUAACUUGAGCUCCCUGCCUGAUGCUCCAGACAGUUCAUAUCUACAUUUCUGGGGGCUUGAUUGGUGCCUGAAUCUCAUGCUUUACUUCAGAACUCUUCAUUUAUAGGUGUUGAAGGCAUCUAGCUUAGAUUAAACACCUAUCAGCAGAUCUAAGACAAAUCAAGAUGAGAAUCCAGCUGCUGCAUGACCCUAAACCAGUGCCUGCACAACGUUUUGCGCACAUUUCGCACAGGUUGAGUCCAACGCGUCUGCCUGAUGCUCAGAGCAGGUUGGUGAGAUUUCUUGAAUAAAUCUUGAACAAAGGCUCUUCCCAUUGUUUGUCCUUCCUCAGCAGGACACGGGAAGAGCUGUAAGCACAAGCCGAGGUUCAUCCUUCUUUCCCCAAAGCCCCCGAACAACAUAAGAUCUAUUUCUUAAAGCCGAUGUUGUAGGGAGAUGGGCUUUCCAACGUGCUCAUAGACAACAUUUUGGUAGCAUGAUUUGCUAAAUUAACACCUUGGUCAGUCCCUGCAGAAGAAUAAACUAUUUCUCUCUGGAUAUGGGAGGAGAAUUUGAAGCAGCGUAAGCAGUAGUUACUCCUCAGACUGAUCAGGAACUGGUUUUUCUCUUGAUCUUCCAAACUGACGUUGACUCUUUGAUGUUGACUGUAGAACUCAGCUUCGUGCACUGAUGAUGAUGCCUUGUUCACUGGCGUAGCACGUAACGUCUGCCCUCCUGUACGGGACGGGAAAUACCCGGCGCGUUAUGUGACCAAACUUCUUAGCAUUGACACUGUCAGUUGUAAUAUUUUUGUCCUGAAAUUCAGCGCGUUGUUGCGGAGAUGGAUAAAUGCGCUGUGACAGAUGAAGAGCAGUUGAGUUGUAAAACACAGCUGCAUCGAGCGACGUUUAUUGACAAUUUUGAUCAUACCGAACUGCUUCUUUGGACCAGAGCAACUGGUAACUAACGUUAGGCUUCUCUGUAUCAGCCUGUCUUGUUUUGCGAACGCGGUAGCUUUGUAUAUUUAAUGUAUCUCAUUUGUUACUCAUGCUGCAGUCAAGCACUAAUUUGUGUCUUUGUAGUUCAAAUUAUUAAAGAAAUUUGUUUUAAAUA